UUUACAACCUUCUAUCUGAAAUCCAAACAUUUUCAUUAUCUUGAACAAAAACUUUUUCGACAUGCUUCAUAGCCAUUUUCCAAUUUUCUUCACAGAAUGAUGACGACACCUCUUCAAAUUCAAUCUUCGCUUUCUCUUUCAUCUUCUCUCUUCUAUUCUCACACUCUUCCAUUCAAACAAAGCCUCAGUGUCAGUUACAUUUAUCAGAGAAGAGGAAGACUCUCGUUGACUUGUUCCAUUUCAAAAAUCCACAACUAUGGUACUGUUGAUUUCGAGCGAAGACCACUUAAGAAAUGGAAUGUUCUUUACAAGAGAAUCUCGAUGAUGGAAAAACCUGAAUUGGGUUCCGCUUCUGUGUUGAAUCAGUGGGAGAAUGAAGGUAAAUCUCUUACAAAAUGGGAACUUUGUAGAAUUGUUAAGGAGUUGAGAAAGUAUAGAAGACAUGAUAAAGCUCUUCAGGUAUGUGAUUGGAUAAACAACCGACCGGAGAGGUUUAGAAUGUCUGCAAGUGACAUUGCGAUUCAGUUAGAUUUAAUUUCAAGAGUUCACGGAAUUUCAAGAGCAGAAGGAUUUUUUCUGAACCUGACUGAAGAUUUAAAAGACAAGAGGACAUAUGGUGCCCUCUUGAAUGCGUAUGUUCAUUCUAGAUCGAAAGAGAAAGCGGAAUCUUUACUUGACGUAAUGAGAAGCAAAGGGUACUUGAUACAUUCGCUACCGUUUAAUUUAAUGAUGACGAUGUACAUGAACUUUCGAGAGUAUGGUAAAGUUGAUAUGUUAGUUUCAGAAAUGAAAGAAAACAACAUACAACUAGAUAUAUAUACAUAUAAUAUCUGGUUAUCUUCUUGUGGAUCACAAGGGUCGAUAGAAAAGAUGGAACAGGUUUUUGAACAAAUGUCAAAGGAUCCUACCAUUAUCCCUAACUGGAGUACAUUUAGUACAAUGGCUGCAAUGUACAUUAAGAUGGAACUGUUUGAAAAAGCACAAGAGUGCUUGAAGAAAAUCGAGAGUAGGAUAUUAGGUCGAGAUAGAGUACCUUUUCAUUAUCUACUUAGUUUGUACGGAGGCAUUGGAAACAAGGACGAAGUUUAUCGUGUAUGGAAUAACUAUAAAUCAAUAUUUCCAAGUAUACCUAACUUAGGAUACCAUUCUGUUAUUUCUUCUCUCGUUAGAAUGGACGAUAUUGAGGGUGCGGAAAAGCUUUUUGAAGAAUGGGUUUUGGUUAGGCCGACCGAUGAUUCUAGAAUAGGAAACCUUCUCAUAGGAUGGUAUCUUAAGAAUGGAAAAUCAGAUAAAGUUUUGAGUUUCUUUGAGCAUACGAUUGAAGGGGGCGGAUGUCCGAAUUCGACUACAUGGGAGCUUAUUUCUGAGGCUCAUAUUGCAGAAAAGAGGGUUUCAGACGCUUUGUUGUGCUUGGAAAAGGCUUUUACGACUAGUGGUUCGAAAAGUUGGAAACCGAAACCGAUAAAAUUGGCUGCAUUCCUUAAGCUUUGUCAAGACGAAGACGAGAUGGAGAGUGCCGAGGUUUUAAUUGAGUUGUUGAGGAAGUCAGGGUACCAUAAUGAUAAAGCGUAUGCAUCGCUAAUUAGCAAAGAUGAAUUGUCAAGCAAGGUUGAAAGAAUGAAUGAUAUUGCUGACAGUGAAAACAUGGAUGGUGAUGAUGAUGAUGAGUCUCAAGUGUUGUUCAACCAAGUAGAUAGUAGCUUUUGAGAAUUUGUUUUUGUUUUGACCAGUGCAAAAUGAGUUGCUAGAUCAUAGGGGGGAAUAUUUUGAUGUUCUUUUUCUCUCAAGCUUCUAUGGCUUAUGAAGACAAUUAUGAAAUGCUAGGUGUUGUUUGUACUACAAGAAAGUUGAAACUUCUAUGCUAGCUUCAAUAGGAAUUGACUAUCCCUGUGUAUGUUUUGUAUGAGUUGUACCAUUUUAAGUAUGAUUUUGUUUAGAUUUGGACUGAUAGUGUCACAUGGAUGAUAAUUUGGAAUUGGACCCUUACUAGGAAAUGGUUUCUUUUCAUUUGUAUUCACCA